GGAUUACGUUGCGAUUGAGACGCUAGUCAUGUGGAGUCGGAAUUCGGUUUCGUUGCAAACUAUUCGCGUAAGUUAGCCGUAUUAAUAAAAUAUAGAAUGACCAAAUCUAAGAAGAAACAAAAGAAGCGUGGUGCUUUAGCAUCUGCUAGCGGAGAAGCAUCUGGGUUUGCAAGUCAGAAGCAGAAACAAAAUAUUGAUGCUUUAAUUGAUGAAGCACAGUCAGCUAUUGAUAGUUUUACUUAUGAUGAAGCAAUUGAAAAAUUAAAAGAUGUCUUGAAUUCCAGUCCGAACCAUGAGAAAGCUCUAGAAAUGCUGGCUGGAGUAUACAUUGAACAAUCAGAUUGGAAUGAAGCCCAAAAUCUCUUAAAACAAUGUGUAACUGUUUCUCCUGAUACUGGUUACACGAAGUAUUUUUCUUUGGGACAGCUUACUGAUGGAGAAGAAUCAGUAUCUUUUUAUCAAAAGGGAAUUGAAAUUCUUCAAAAAGAAUUAGAAAAUUGUGAAAAUCUGCAACCUGCUGAGGAAACUGACAAAAAGGUUCUAAUGAAGGACCUUUCCAAUGCAUAUUGUUCUAUAUCUGAAACUUACAUGACAGAUUUAUGUUUUGCUGAAAAUUCAGAACAGCAUUGUGUUAGUGCAAUAGAACUUGCUAUACAAGCUGAUCCAUCAAAUUCUGAAGCACAUCAAUGUAAAGCUAAUUACCACCUAGUCAAAGAAGAAUUUGAUGAAGCAAAAACUGCCAUGGAGAAAAGUCUUUCCUUAUGGCUUCCUCAUCAUGAAGCUUUGAGGGAUGCUGAUACAGAAGCUAUUUUAAACAGUACUGAGGUUCUUAUUCCUUCAUAUGAUAGUAGAAUACAAACAGCCAAAAUGUUGAUAGAGCUCGAGAUGUUUGAUCAAGCAACAAAUAUUCUUGAUGGCCUCGUUGAAGAAGAUGAUGAAGUAACAGAAGUUUGGUAUAUUCUUGGAUGGAUGAAUUACAUUCAAGGAGAUGAAUAUAAACUAAAUGCUCAUUACUAUUUAAAGAAAGCAAAAGAAGUGAGUGUCAAAUUAGGAUUAGAGGAUCUGGACUAUAUAUCUCAUAUAGAUGAACUGUUAAAAGAGCUCGAAGAAGCUUUUCCUCUUGAACUUGAAGAAGAAGGUGAUGGAGAAGAACUUAAUUCUGAUAUUUCUAGUGACUCAGAAGAUGAAAAUAAAAUGGAAACAUAAUAAUAAAUUAUUUUUAAAUAUGA